AUGGCGAGCAUGGGCGGUGACAUGGAUCUCAAGAAGGAUGAUGAUUGGCUUGUGAAGGAUGGGCGGCACAUCAGAACAGCUGUUUGGACAUCGGACCAUAAGAACCAACUUCUACGCCAACAAAUCAAUGUUCAUGGGAGAGGGAUGGCCUAUGUUCAUGAGUAG